AUGUAUACAAACAGAUUGCAAGAAUAUACACAAAAAUUAGGCAUAUCACUGUCGGAAUAUCGAAAUAGAAAUGAAGGAUUUACACAUGCACCAAAGUUUAGGUCAUGUGUUCUGUUAAAUGGAAAAAAUUAUGUAUCUAGAGGAACAUUUGUGAAGCGAAAAGAAGCUGAGCAGGAUGCUGCAAAAGUUGCUCUUGAGAACAUAACUGAAACCAGAAAUGUUAGAGGAAAACCUCGUAUUCAGGAUCCAACAUAUUGUAAAUAUAUCCUGUUUGACUAUGCUGUCAAAAUGUACCUGAAAAUACCUGAAUAUUCAACGACUGGUGGGGAACAGAUGCGUCCAGUUUUUGUGUCUACUCUGGAUUUUGAUGGUAAAGUUUACAAAGGCGAAGAAGCCAGAAGCAAGAAGAUAGCAGAACAGCUAGCUGCACGCGUUGCUAUUCGAUCACUCCUUGAUACAUUUGCAUGCUUCAUUUAA